CCACACCACCACGCCAUAGAGUGGUCGGUCAGUGAUUGUGUUGGCUCUGCCUCAUUGGACAGGCAAAGAUCGGUGAGAGAACGCGUGUUAAUUUAUUUGGUUGCGGUUAGAACUUGCUCGAAAAUGUCGUCUUUGUACAAGCCGUUCUCUGUUUCGGAUGGGCCGUGUAAAGAUGCGAUUUUGAGACAGGGAUGCAAAUCGCAGCAGCAUCCUGCAGCGCUGACCUCGAUUCCGCCGUCAGGUCUAGCAAGCAGCGCUGGUGGAGUCGUGGCGAACAGGUUCGCACCAAUUCACCAUAUCUGUGCGGGAAAGAGGAGUUUAGCGGCUGCCGCUGUAGGUGGGAGAAAGGUCACUCACCCGGGAAAGGCUAUUCUCGCAGGUGGUAUUGCAGGAGGUAUUGAGAUCUGCAUUACCUUCCCAACCGAGUAUGUGAAGACCCAGCUGCAGCUGGAUGAGCGGGCCAACCCCCCUCGAUACCGAGGGAUAGGGGACUGUGUGAGACUGACUGUUCAGGAUCAUGGACUGAGAGGGCUGUAUAGGGGCCUAAGCUCACUGCUUUAUGGCUCCAUCCCCAAGUCUGCAGUUCGGUUUGGCACAUUCGAGGUCCUGAGCAACCCAAUGCGAGAUGAUACUGGUCGCCUUGAUAACACUCGUAGUUUGCUGUGUGGGCUGGGGGCAGGCAUCACUGAAGCAGUUCUAGUGGUCUGUCCAAUGGAAACGCUAAAGGUGAAGUUAAUCCACGAUCAGUGCUCUCUUCAACCACGUUACAGAGGCUUCUUCCACGGUGUGCGUGAAAUCAUCCGAGAUCAAGGGGUUCGGGGGACAUACCAGGGGCUUACUGCUACAGUGCUGAAACAGGGGACUAAUCAAGCUAUACGCUUUUAUGUCAUGAACCUUCUACGCAAUUGGUACAAAGGUGAUGACCCCAGGCGUGACAUGCAUCCAUUAGUCACAGCCAUGUUUGGUGCAACUGCAGGUGCAGCAAGCGUGUUUGGGAACACGCCUUUGGAUGUAGUGAAGACCAGAAUGCAGGGUUUGGAAGCCCAUCGUUACAAGAACACUCUAGACUGUGCUUUCCAGAUACUAAAGAACGAGGGCCCUCAAGCGUUCUACAAAGGUACGGUCCCACGGCUAGGCCGGGUGUGUCUGGAUGUAGCCAUUGUCUUUGUCCUGUACGAGGAGGUUGUGAAGCUUCUGAACCAAGUGUGGAGGACUGACUGAAGAGGGUUAACAGCUAGCUCUAUAGAGAAACAGUGGACUAUACAGACACAGUUGGCUGUGUCACUCAAAUGGAGAGAAUCUUACCCUGACCCCUGGCUGAGAGCAUUGGAUUAUACCGCCAUCUGUAUCUGCACGCUUUAUACAGCAGAGUGAGAGCAUGAGAGGGAGGAAAGAAAACAAAGCUCAUAUGUGGUGUUUUAAUGCACAAUGUAUUGCUGAAGUUUCUGCCUAGCAUACCGACGUAUCAUACAGUUGCACUUUUUCACUUAAUUAAAACCAUGCAAGUGUCUUCACCACCAUGCUCUUACUCGUUUGAAUGCACUUAUGUGGCAAAACCAAAAGAUUAGAACAAAGCUACACAGUUCCCUUGCUCCCACUAUGUGUAUUCACAUGGCUUACAUUUUUCUAUUUGUUGCACUGAAAUCUAUUUAAGGUGUGGAAAAUGGUUUAUAUGCGUAUAUGAUGGUUUUGUACGAUCUCAGUGUUUCCAUGUCAUUUAUGUUCAAGUUUGUGUGUGAGCUUGUUUUUAUUUUGCUGUUGAUGGAUAAAUAAUACUAGCAGUUCAUUCAUAGUGAGCCAAAUGUUUGUCCUUUCCUCAAAUGAAAGACAGAAAAAUGCAAAACAAUAAAAUAUAAAAGAUAUCAAAA